CGCCGCCUGGACCUCGUGCUGUGGUAGAAGAUCCCCGAUACUCUGAUGGAUCUGAGGCCCUGCUCGCUGCUCCUGCUCUGGACUCUGGUGGUUGCCCUUGUUCUCCUGGCCCAAGAGGUGUUGGCCCAGCGUAUUUACACCAACACCUGGGCUGUGCUCGUCCCCGCUGGGCCGCUGGAGGCCAACCGGCUGGCCAGGAAGCAUGGAUUCCUUAACCUGGGCCCGAUUUUUGGUGACUAUUACCACUUCCAGCACCGUGGCGUGGUGAAGCGCUCCCUUUCACCCCACCAGCCCUGGCACAGCCGUUUGGCAAGGGAGCCACAGGUGCACUGGCUUGAGCAGCAGGUGGCAAAGCGCAGGACCAAGCGAGACAUUUUCAUGGAGCCCACAGACCCCAAGUUCCCGCAGCAGUGGUACCUGUACAACACAAACCAGCGGGACUUGAACGUGCGUCAGGCCUGGGAGCAGGGUUACACGGGCAAAGGCAUUGUUGUUUCCAUCCUGGAUGAUGGCAUUGAAAAGAACCACCCUGACCUGGAGGCCAACUACGAUCCAGGGGCAAGCUUUGAUGUCAAUGACCAGGACCCAGACCCACAGCCCCGUUACACACAGAUGAACGACAACAGGCAUGGCACUCGAUGCGCUGGGGAAGUCGCUGCUGUAGCAAACAAUGGGAUCUGUGGCGUCGGUGUGGCUUACAAUGCCCGGAUUGGAGGCGUGCGCAUGCUGGAUGGGGAGGUGACGGAUGCUGUGGAGGCCCAUUCCCUGGGCCUCAAUCCCAACCACAUCCACAUCUACAGUGCCAGCUGGGGCCCUGAGGAUGAUGGCAAGACGGUGGAUGGCCCGGCCCGGCUGGCAGAGGAGGCCUUCUUCCGAGGGGUCAGCCAGGGACGUGGGGGGCUGGGCUCCAUCUUCGUCUGGGCAUCUGGAAACGGGGGCCGCGAACACGACAGCUGCAACUGUGAUGGUUACACCAACAGCAUCUACACACUGUCCAUCAGCAGCACCACCCAGUAUGGCAACGUGCCCUGGUACAGCGAGGCCUGCUCCUCCACCCUCGCCACCACUUACAGUAGUGGCAACCAGAAUGAGAAGCAGAUCGUGACAACUGACCUGAGACAGAAGUGCACUGAAUCGCACACGGGGACAUCGGCCUCAGCGCCUCUAGCUGCUGGGAUCAUUGCUCUUGCCCUGGAGGCAAACAAGAACCUAACCUGGCGGGACAUGCAGCACCUGGUGGUGCAGACCUCGAAGCCGGCGCACCUCAAUGCCAAUGACUGGGUCACCAAUGGCGUUGGCCGCAAAGUCAGCCACUCCUACGGCUACGGCCUGCUGGAUGCCGGGGCCAUGGUAAGCCUGGCCAGGAACUGGAUCACGGUGGGACCCCAGAGGAAAUGUGUCAUCGACGUCCUCGCGGAGCCCAAGUAAGGGCUGGUGAGCCCAGGCA